AUGGCAGACAAGACAAAGGUUGCAGAACAAUAUUACGCCCCGCCGCCGGAUCUAGGCAAAUGGGAGUCGUUCAGGAUUUUCCUAUGGAACAGCGAGACUGGACAGUUCCUUGGCCGCACGGGAUCGAGUUGGGCUAAAAUCUUGCUAUUCUACCUGAUCUUCUAUGCAAUCCUCGUGGGUUUCUUUGCCGCCAUGCUGGCGAUCUUCUACCAGACGCUGGACUCCAAGAUGCCCAAGUGGCAGCUUGAUGGCUCACUUAUCGGAUCUAACCCAGGUUUGGGUUUCCGACCCAUGCCCGACAGUGCCAACGUGGAGAGCACCCUGAUCUACUACAAGGCCAACGACAAGGGCUCCGUGCUGAAGUGGGCGCAGAUCAUCGACGACUAUUUGGAGGACUACCGCAAGAAGGGCAGUGGUGUGGGUGAAGCGAGUGGCGCAGAGUACCGGGUUCCUUGCUCGUUCACCACCGGAGCCACUGGAGAGAAGCAGGUCUGCGACGUACCUGUCGAUGACUUCAGCCCCUGCACCUCCGCCAACCAGUACAACUAUGAAGAAGCUGGACCUUGUGUGUUCCUCAAACUGAAUAAGAUCUUCAACUGGGUGCCCAAACCAUACAACAACACCGAGGACCUGCCCUCUAACAUGCCAGAUGACCUCAAGCAGCACAUCAAGAUGGUGUCUGGCAAGCCCGAUGCGAACACGGUGUGGGUGUCGUGCGAGGGUGAGAACCCUGCCGACGUAGAGAACAUCGGGCCCGUGCAGUACAUCCCCCGCAGGGGCUUCCCCGCCUACUACUACCCCUUCACCAACAAGGAGGGCUACCUCAGCCCCCUCGUCGCUGUACUUUUCGAAAAGCCCAGGACUGGUGUCCUGAUCAAUAUAGAGUGCAAGGCGUGGGCCAAGAACAUCUUAUACGACCGCUACGAGCGGCGCGGCUCCGUGCACUUCGAGCUGAUGGUGGACCGCGCCUAA